AUGGCAUCAUCAAGCUCUUGUCUUAAGCAAGGAUCAGUUUCAAUGAACAACGUUCCCAUUACCCCUGAAGCAACGUACGAAGCUGUGGUUGCAGACGCAAAGCUCUUCAUGGCUACAUUGGAAAGGCUUCAUGCUCGCAUGGGAACUAAAUUCAUGGUUCCAAUCAUAGGAGGGAAAGAUUUGGACUUGCACAAGCUUUUCAUUGAGGUAACAUCUCGUGGUGGAAUCAGUAAGAUAGUUAAUGAAAGGAGAUGGAAAGAAGUAACUGCUACAUUUGUGUUUCCUCCAACCGCAACAAACGCAUCUUUUGUCCUGCGCAAAUACUACUUCUCCCUUCUUAAAAACUAUGAGCAAAUCUACUUCUUUAGAUCUUCUACUAAUGGCCAGACUCCUCUAGACUCUCUUCAGAACCCAUCCACUGGAUCAGGACUUGUGCAGAGACCUCCACAAGAGCUUCUAGCAUUAACCUAUACACCAUCACAACCAAGGAUCAACCCUAGUGAUCUCCCUGGAGGUUCUUUACAUGGUCCAGUAACUGUGAAUGGAUUGAUCGAUGGGAAAUUCAAAGAUGGUUAUCUUAUAACUGUAAAGAUGGGAACAGAGGAGCUUAAAGGAGUACUCUAUGAGCUGGCUCCACAGCAGAGUCAUGGUGGUUUCAACAACAAUGCCAACUCUCAGGGGAUUACUGGAGGAGUGACGAAACGUCGCAGGAGAAGGAAGAAGUCAGAGAUCAAGAGACGUGACCCUGCUCAUCCUAAACCUAACAGGAGUGGUUAUAACUUCUUUUUCGCUGAGCAGCACGCGAGGCUGAAGCCUCUUAACCCUGGUAAGGAUAGGGAGAUCAGUAGAAUGAUUGGUGAGCUCUGGAACAAGCUUAAUGAGCAAGAGAAAACUGUUUAUCAAGGGAAGGCGAUGGAGGACAAAGAGAGGUAUCGAGUUGAAAUGGAAGAGUAUAGAGAGAAGCUUAAGACAGGGGCGUUGAUAAGUAACGCUGUACCGUUGCAGCAGAGGGUUCCUGAGCAGAAUGUAGAGAUGGCUGAAGCUGAUCUUCCAGUGGAAGAAGAAGAAGAAGAAGAUGAAGAUGGUGAUUCAAGUGGUUCAGGGGAAAGUCACCCUUCUGAUCCUGAAUUGGAGGAGCCAGCUCAGACUCUUUUAGGUCUAAACCUAAACCCUAAUCCGACUGAGAUAGUGGUGGUGGCUCCUAAGGAUGCUGUGAUGGUGGCUGCUGAGCAGAACUGA